AUGUUCACCAAGGAGGCUUCGAGCAUUGACAAGGACCAACUUCGGUCGUCGUUGAGGAGCAAGGUGUCCGCGUUUGGCGCGGCAUUGAAGCCUAAGCGGCACGGCCAAUACACCCCUGAGUUCGCCCUCUCGACGCCCCAGUCCGAGCGCAGCACAUUGGUCGACUUCAUCGUCGAGGACGUCCUGAUCAACGAAGAAGACGACUACGAAUACAAGACCGAGGAGUAUAUGCUCGAUGCGGACAACAGUGCAUGGGGUACUGGAAAGUACACCAUCGCUCGCGUCAGCAAAAAGUCAAAACGGGCCCCCUGCGAGGAAUGCCUCGCUCCCCAGUCAGAGUUGCUCGUUGACGAGAACACUGCUUGGGGAGCAGCCGUCCCGCAAGUCUCAAACAAAUUGCGUUUUCGUUUAUUCUCCACCCGCAACUCCCAGGUGCAGCCAGCACCUGCAACAUCCGGUGUAGAGCCUGAAUAUCUUGACCCUGAGGACAGAGCGUGGAUGUAA